AUGCGCCGCCAUGGCAGGGCCGGGGGCCCGACCAAGGCCGCCACGCCCAUGUCCGACACCGUCUCUCUGAUCCAUUCGUUCGAUUCGGUCAUGAACCCGAACCGCCCCGCGCGUCCUUCGCCGUUGGCCUCCUCCCAUAUCAAGGCAUUACCGCUGGAGCUCGUCGAUCGACUCCGCUCAUUUCCGCUCUUUCAGGCCACGCCCGAGUCAUUUUUGAGCGAGGUCGGCCAACAUCUGCGCCCACAACUCCACUCCCCGAACGACUAUAUCCUGACCGAAGGCGACGAAGCGAAAGCGAUAUACUGGCUAGUGCGGGGUGCUGUCUCGGUUACGUCGCGAGAUGGCGAGAGUAUCUAUGCAGAACUGAAGCCCGGCGCUUUCUUCGGAGAGAUCGGUGUGCUGAUGGAUCGCCCGCGCACUGCAACCAUUAUCGCUCGGACCCGAUGCAUGCUGGUCGUGCUGACCAAAGGAGAUUUCCGGAAUAUUCUACCGCGGUUCCCCGAUGUCGAGCGUGCAAUUCGAGAGGAGGCGCAGGAGCGAUUAAUGAUCUUGGAGAAGAAGAAGAAAGAGACCUCUGCGCCGGUUAUCGAACCUCCCAGCCCCGCGCGCAGAGGCUCCAAAAGGCUCCGGGAGAGCUUUUCCAAAGAUUUGGCGGUUGCUGAAGACGAGGACUUGAGCAUCAUCAAGUCGGUGCAUAAGAAGCGGAAAUCACCGAGCCCGGGUCGGCGAGAUGGAUCGAGUGCGCUGGCGAAUGGCUUGGUGAAUGUGCGCCUCUUACUCAAGGAGCUGCCCCUCUUCUCUGGGUUGCCAGCAGACAUCCUUCACUUCCUGGGUCUCAAUGCUCAACCGCGGUCGUUUCCUCCUUUCACCGACAUCAUCCGGCAAGAUUCGCAGGGCCGCGAGCUCUACUUCAUUGUUCGCGGUGAGGUGGAGGUUCUGACAGAAAAGAGUGAGCAGAACCACACGCCCCGCAACAACUCCGAUGGGACCGAACGACCCGGAGUUGAAAUUAAAGCUCGACUUAAACAAGGCCAAUAUUUUGGAGAAGUGGUCAGCCUAGCACUCGCGCCUCGAAGGACAGCAACCGUCCGCUCUGUCACCUCAGUCGAAUGCCUGAUGCUGAGCGGAGAUGUCCUCGCUGAAUUUUGGGAGAAGUGCCCCAGAAACGUCCGCGACCAGGUGGAACGUACCGCGCAAGAGAGGCUUCAAGCAGCCGCUGAUGGCGACGUGGUCAUGUCGGAUGCUGCUGAACCACAGCCCUCCAUGAGUGACCUGGCCAUUGAUGAGCGCGUCAAGAUCACCUCAUCUAGAAGGAAGUCUAUGCCUCUGUUGACUCUCACCGAAACCGAACUCGAUGGGCCGCAUCAGUCCUCGCCGGUCGAGGAUCAAGACCAGGCUGUGCUGCGACCCUCAGACCCAGAUCCUUUUCUCAGUCUGGGACUGGAUAAGGUGCGACUGCGAAGUCGGCGUGGCUCCGUGGCUCCAUUGACCCCUGAGGAAGUCUCUGGGGACCAGCAACGAUCAUCUUCUAUCUCUGAGCCACGGUCCGCCAGCUCUUCGACUCUUGCUCUGCCUGAAACUGUUGGUCUUUCCAAGCCACACCAGACCGAUCGACCCCGUGGCGAUCAUCAUGGUAUCUUUCCCGACAGUGUGUUGCAGAAUAUCUUCCAGUUCCUCGAGCUUCAUCACCUUCUUCGCCUCCGUGCAGUGUCGUCACACUGGUCCGAGAUCCUGAGCAAAUCUGCCGAUGUUAUUGGCGAUUUGGAUCUCAGCAUGUAUAACCGCAAGAUCACCGACGAUGUGCUAGUCAAAAUUAUCUGUCCUUUCGUCGGCAAUCGAGCUCGAUCGAUCAAUAUCAACAACUGCUUCCACAUCACCGAUGAAGGCUUUACGACGUUAGCAAGCACCUGUGCUUCAAAUACCACUACGUGGAAAAUGAGGAGCGUUUGGGAUGUCACAGCUUCCGCCAUUCUUGACAUGUCCAGCAAAGCUGUUGGCCUACAAGAGGUGGAUCUCAGUAACUGUCGAAAGGUUGGGGAUACGCUCCUGGCACGGAUCGUGGGAUGGAUCAUACCCGGCAGCCAGAAGCCCAGCGAAGGCAAAGUUUCCAUCAAGCCUACUUUGCAAACAGAGCAUUGCACUGUCUAUGGCUGUCCACAACUCAAGAAGCUCACGCUCUCAUAUUGCAAACAUGUCACGGAUCGCUCAAUGCAUCAUAUUGCGUCGCAUGCCGCCGGGCGAAUCGAAGAAAUGGACCUGACUCGGUGCACCACGAUCACUGACCAGGGGUUUCAAUACUGGGGGAAUGCACAGUUUACCAACCUGCGACGGCUCUGCUUGGCCGAUUGCACAUACCUGACGGACAACGCCAUUGUACAUCUGACCAAUGCAGCCAAGCAAUUGCAGGAGUUGGACCUGUCGUUCUGCUGCGCAUUGUCAGAUACGGCAACAGAAGUUCUUGCUCUGCAAUGCUCGCACUUGAAAUACCUCAACAUGUCCUUUUGUGGCUCCGCGAUCUCCGACCCGUCCUUGCGGAGUAUUGGCCUCCAUCUUCUUUCUCUUGAACAUUUGUCUGUGCGAGGCUGUGUUCGAGUCACCGGUGUGGGUGUUGAAGCAGUGGCCGAAGGUUGCCAUCAACUUCAAAUCUUCGAUGUGAGUCAAUGCAAGAAUCUCACGCCUUGGCUUGAGGAAGGCGGAGAAGAUCGCUAUCAACCUCGAGUUGAGUUCCAAACGGUGGCCUCAAGCGGGAGGAACUUUCGAUGA